GUGGGUGACGUGCGCCGGCUGCCGGGGGCUCGCUGGCCAGCGGAGGCUCUGCCCGCGGCCAGGCAUGGGGAUGGUGGUCGGUUAGGAGCCAUGCCACCGAGUCCCCGGGUCUUCCCCGUUCCUCGCCCCUGCCGCCACGCCCCGCGUCCGCGUCGGGAUGGUGAACCUGGCUGCCUUGCUGUGGCGCCGGCUUCUGCGGAAGAGGUGGGUGCUCGCCCUGGUCUUCGGGCUGUCGCUGGUCUACUUCCUCAGCAGCACCUUCAAGCAGGAGGAGAGGGCGGUGAGAGAUCGGAACCUUCUCCAGAUUCGAGACCAUGAGCAGCCUAUUCCGUGGAAGGUGCAGUUUAACCUGGGCAACAGCAGCCGGCCCAGCAACCAGUGCCGAAACUCCAUUCAAGGGAAGCACCUCAUCACGGACGAGCUAGGCUAUGUCUGUGAGCGGAAGGACUUGCUGGCCAAUGGCUGCUGUGAUGUCAGCAUCCCCAGCGCGAAGCAGUACUGCUGUGAUGGCUGCCUGGCCAACGGCUGCUGUGGAGCCUACGAAUACUGUGUCUCCUGCUGCCUGCAGCCCAGCAAGCAACUUCUCCUAGAGCGCUUCCUCAACCGGGCAGCUGUGGCCUUCCAGAACCUCUUCCUGGCAGUUGAAGACCACUUCGAGUUAUGUCUGGCUAAAUGCAGGACCUCCUCCCAGGUCAGAAGCUCUUCCAUCUCUCCCUGGGGGAGGAAGAGUGUGCAGCACGAGAACACCUACCGGGACCCCAUAGCCAAGUACUGCUACGGAGAGAGCCCGCCUGAGCUCUUCCCCGAGUGACGGACAGACUGACAGGCCGUUCCCUGGAGAGCUCACCUGGGCCCCCUCCGUUGCCCAGGCCGGUCCACUGGAGGAGCCAGGUGGUGCCAGAACACCAGCGUGCCUUCGCUUUGACCUCCUGUGGUGUCACGGGGCUCCACUCGCCAUGGGCCAGUACCAGAUGGAGCCCUUCAGUCAGGCGGUGGGGAGUCUGCAGCCAGUCGUGUGGGAAGAAAGCUGCAGGCUGGGCUGGGCCAGCACUGACUGCACAGGGACCCAGGACUGGGGUUGGUCUGGUGUCCGUUGCCAUUUUGAUCCAGGCCCUUUCGCUGUACAUUUAUUUAUUGGAUUUCUUUGAAGAAGUGGGAAAAAUACAAUGUUUGAUGUAGGACAAUGCCUUGCUACUCUACUUGAAUAUACUCAAGGAAAUACUUUUGCUGCUUCUUAGUUUCAUGGGUUAAAUCAUCCCUUCACCCGAUAAAAUGGAUAUUCUCUCUA